UCCAAGCUUGUUGCUUUUUGCAAGACGCAAAACCCCACCCUCUUCACUCAUGUCGUCUCGGUCAGGCGGCGGCCGGCUGCAGGGCCUGACCUCGCUGCUGCGGCGACGCCGCGGCGGAGCUGCUCCCGACUCGGAGGACGGCUCCACCACACCUCACAGCGACCGCUCCUCCGUCUACAGCGGGGCGGCUGCCGCCGUGGGCUGUGUCACCGCCUCAUCUGGCGGCCCCGCGUCGCGACCCGCCACCGUGUCCACCCUGCAGCUGACCCUGGCAGCGGAUGCUGUGGUUGGCUCCAGCCGGCGCCGGGACUUCAGCAGCAACAACCUGCUGGCACGGCAACAGCAGGCUGUAGCAGCCAGGCCGGCGGCAGUAGCAGGCGGCGGAGACCCUUGGGAUGAUCCGGCUGGCGGCGCCGCAGCAGCCGCCGCCAGUGGUGGUGACGGAGGAGGCGCAGCCGCUGUGGGUGGGGGUGCUGCAGUGGCGGACGGGGCGGCCGGUGGCACGGCAGACGGCCGUGGUGGUGGUGGCGGCGGCGGGGUGCCUGGCGGUGCGCUAUUGCAGGCGCCCGUGGGUGUGGCCGUAGAUUUCCAAGGCUUCGCCUAUGUGGCGGACACUGGGCACUGCAGGAUCCUGCGUGUGCGCCUGGACACUGGGGAGGCGGUGGUGCUGGCGGGCGGCGGCGGGUACGGCCACCGCGACGGCCCAGGCCGCAAGGCCAAGUUCGCCUGCCCCAUGUACCUGGCUGUGGAUGCACGAGACAGCAGCAGCCUGGUGGUGUCUGACCAGCACUGCCUGCGCCGGGUCGCCAGCGACGGCUUCGUCACCACCAUCGCGGGCAGCAGCAUGCCCGGCCACCUGGACGGCCCCGCUGCCACCGCCCGCUUCUACAACCUGCGGGGCGUGGCGGUGGACGGCGAGGGCAACUGCUACUGCUCCGACAGCUCCAACCACUGCGUGCGGCUGCUGCACGCGGCGGACGGAAUGGUGUCCACCUUUGCGGGCAGUCCGGGCCAGGCAGGAUUCCGAGACGGCGCCGGCACGGAGGCCAGGUUCCGCAACCCCUGCGGCAUUGCCAUCAAUCUGCAGGACGGCUCGCUGGCUGUGGCGGACGCGGAGAACAACCGGCUGCGGCGCAUCGACCGGGAGCGGCUGGUGGCGUGCCUGGCGGGAUGCGGCGUGGCGGGCCCGCCGCAGCCCUGGCCGCUGGAGGAAAUGGCUCUGAGCUGCCACCUCAACCACCCGCAGGGCGUGGCCAUUGACGGCGACGGCAACGUCCUCCUGUCCGAUCUGGACAACCGCUGUGUGCGGCUGGUUUCGGCAGCCACCGGCCACAUCUCCACGCUUGCAGGCGGCCCGGCCGCUGCUGCCGCAGCCGCCGCCGCCAUGGGCAGCGGUGCUGGUGGUGGCAGUGCAGGCGCAGGCGGAAUGGUGGCAACCGGGGCACGGCGCGCCGGCGGCGUCAGCGACGGCGGCAGCGGUCGUGCGGGAGCACCUCGCAUGGCCGCAGGAGACGCACGUGCCUCCAGUGUGGACGGCGAGGACAGCCGCGGCAGCAACGCAGCCGUCUUCUGUGACCCACAGGGCAUUGCUGUGACGCACCGGGGGGAGGUACUCGUCGUGGAGUGCGCCGCGAACCGGGUCCGAGUCAUCUCUGCCCGGCUGCACUCGCCGCACACCUACCUGGCAGCCACCAAGUCCACAUUCGUGGGCGACAUGUGCGGCCUACUGGCGGGAGGCGACGGCGCAGACGUCACAUUCAUGGUGUCGGGCGAGGAAAUGCGCGCACACCGCUGGUUGCUGGCGGCCCGGUGCGAGUGCUUCGGCCGCAUGUUGGCCAGCGACUACCUGGAGGGGCGCACAGCGGUGGUGGAGGUGCGCGACUGCAGCGCCGCAGCGUUCAGGGAGUUCCUCAGGUACCUGUACACAGACGUGCUGGAGUUCAAGGGCGAUGUGGUGCUGGACGUGUUGCUGCUGGGCCGCAAGUACAUGGUGGGCCGCGUGUUCCAGCACUGCUGCAGCCAGGUGCGGCGGGGGCUGUGCGGCCAGAACGCACUGGCGCUGCUCAGCUGGGCGGAUGAGCACCGCGUGGAGGAGAUACGCCCGCACGUGUACAGGUAUGUGCUGCAGCACCUGCGCCACAUCCUGCGCAAGUACCCGGCCACCCUCAGCUAUCUGGAGGCACGGCCCGACCUGCUCAUGCAGCUGCUUGUCGCGCAGUCAGCCAUGGCGGCGGCGGCGGCAGGCGGCGGCGGUGGCGGUGGCCCGGGCGGCGCAGGUGGCGGCGGCGGCGGCGGCGGUGGCGGUGGCGGUGCCGAGGCUGCUGCCCUGUUGCUGGGCGCAGCAGCAGACGGUGCGGCUGCGGCUGCGGCUGCGGCGGCUGCGGCUGGCGGCGGUGGGGCGGGGCCGAGCACUAGCGGUGCGGCUGGGGCCAGCUAGGCUGCUAGGCAGGCCAGAUGGGUGUGUCUGGAGGCCGAUGCUUGGUGGGGUAAACGAUGUGAGGCAGCAGGUAAGGUUGAUGAUGUGAGCAGCAGGUCCCGCGGAGCCAGGUGGCGCAUGUGUGCAUGUGCAGAGCGGAGGGGGCGGGCAAGGCCACGUGGUUCCCGUGCUUAUCCACGCUGGUCCCAAGAAGCAGCCGUGCGCGCGUGGGCGCAUCCGUCAAAAUGGCGCAUGCGCAGCAGCCCUGACAUGGACAUGGCGGGGCUUGCCGGGGCUGGUCCUGACGCGGUGCUGGCAGUUGGUGCGGCACGCGACUGGGAGGGGGUAGUUGUGCAGGCGAGCAGCUGUGAGGCUGAGAAGCUGUGAGGCUGGUGGUUCACGCGUCAUGCGACUGGGGGCGGGUAGUUGCGCGGGCGGCCGGGUGAGAGUGCAUCUAUGAAGUGCAGGGGCUGUUAUAUGAGCGACUGGUGGAGCUGCGAAGCUGUCUGUCGGUGUGCGGCGCGGCUGGGAGCGGGCAGGCGAUUGCGUUCGGCACCGACUGGUUGGUGAAAGGCUCGUAGGUAGGGGAACGCGGGAGAGAGCUUCGCCACGUUCUGCUGCAGCGCACCACUGCGACUUGUGUAUGGGCACAAUUUCCU